UUAUCCAUUUGCACUCUGAUCAGCGGUCGAACAGGAUGCUGGCCUGUCCGCACCAGCAACCCUCCUUCUUUCACCUCCGCCACAACCACUACAAGAACUGUAAUUUCAUUGUAAUCUCCUGCUCCCUCCACAACCAACAACAUCCAACACCUCAAGACUCACCCGCCAACACCAGCGUCACCUCCACUCCCAACCACCAAUCAAUUCUCCGAACCCACAACUCCAAGUCCGCUGCCGUCGUCCUCCACCACCUAAAACAGCCGAACCAACUUCGAAACGCAACUCCACAAGAAAACAAUGUGAAAGAAGCCAUUUCACCAGAAGAGAAAGUUAAGCUUCUAGAAAUGACUCUCGUCACCAAAAAACGAAUCCCCCAAUUUCCUGGUUCAAUUUUCCCUCAGUUCUCAAACAACAGCGACUCUCCUUUGCAGACCCUUUUUCGAAACGGAGACAGAGAUAGUGAGGAUGACAAUGGGGAAGAAGAAGAUGAAAAAGAAAUGAUAAUUAAGGCGCUUGAGAUACGUAGAAAAGUGACAGCAGAGAUUUUCAAGGAAACUAUGAGGAGAAAAGGCAAGUUUGGGAUCACAUAUUCGACCAAUUUGGUUGAUAGAUUGAGUGAUUUUAUUGAUUUUAUUAUGAUUGAGGCCGCAACAUUAAAGAGAGCACCUGAGUUCCAGUUUUUGAGUUUCAAUGUUAGAGCUAGGACUAUUAUUGAAGACUUGAACGUUGUUCCUCUUAUCAGGUGGCUGAAACACAAUGGUUUGUCAUAUCCGAAGAUUGCUAAGCUCAUAUGCCUGUCAAGAGGAAAUCUCGAGUCCAUCAGACGACUGGCCGACUGGUUGAAGUCAAUUCAUGUAAAGGGGGAAUUCCUUGGAGUGGUGCUCACACAAGCUGGGGAUAAUAUUUUAGAACGCAGUAAUGAAGAACUAAGUGAGAUCGUCGAGUAUUUAGAGAGUAAUGGCGUGAGGAGUAUUUGGAUGGGCUAUGUGAUGAGUCGGUGUCCUCAAUUAUUGUCUUUUAGCAUGGAAGAAGUUGAAAAUCGAGUCAAGUUCUACUUUGAUAUGGGUAUGAAUGAGAAGGAUUUUGGCACAAUGGUCUUUGAUUACCCGAGGGUACUUGGCUACUUUCCCCUAGAAGAUAUGAAGCAAAAGGUUGAUUAUCUAAAAGAGUUUGGUCUCAAUAAUGAAGAAGUUGGAAGAUUACUAGCUUUUAGGCCACAGUUGAUGGGUUGUAGCAUUGAAGAAAGAUGGAAACCUCUUGUAAAGUAUUUAUACUAUCUCGGGAUUUCCAAGGAUGGUAUGAGGAGAAUGCUCAUCAUAAAACCGAUGAUUUUUUGUUUUGAUUUGGAAGAGACUAUAGUGCGAAAGGUACGCUUUUUUAAGGACAUUGGUGUUAGAGAAGAUGCCAUUGGCAACAUGCUUGUAAAAUUUCCUCCAUUGUUAACAUACAGCCUCUACAAGAAAAUCCGGCCAGUGGUCAUAUUCUUGAUGACAAAAGCUGGGGUUAGUGGGAAAGAUAUUGGAAAGGUGAUUGCUUUGGGACCAGAGCUAUUUGGAUGCAGCAUAGCGCAUAAGCUGGAUAUCAGUGUCAAAUAUUUUCUGUCACUGGGCAUACGCCAGAAUCAGUUAGGGGAGAUGAUUGCAGAUUUUCCCAUGCUACUCCGUUAUAAUAUAGAUCUUCUCCGUCCAAAGUAUCGUUACUUGAGGCGAACCAUGGUUCGGCCUUUGCAGGAUCUCAUUGAGUUUCCAAGGUUCUUCAGUUAUUCUCUCGAAGGGCGGAUAAUUCCGAGGCAUAAAAUUCUAGUAGAGAACCGAAUCAAUUUUAAAUUGCGCUACAUGUUGGCUAGCAGUAACAAAGACUUUCAAAAGCUGGUUGAGAAUGCUGUUGAAAGGCGUCAAAGGUUUGAAUCUGGUUUUAUGAAUACUACUCAUCUUGAUUGUCAAGUACCUGAUGACUCCUCGAACGAGGAGAAAGUGUUUGAAUCUGGUGACUGUGUUAAUACGCAGACCAAAUCUGAAGUAGCUGGCGAAACUUCGGAUGAGGAAGAAGUUCGCAAUUUUUCUGAUACAUAAAAACUGAUAUUUGAUACCUUAAUACAGGUGACAGUAUUUGGAUAUGGGAUUCUGAAAGCUGUUACAGGCUUACAGCUCCGAUAAACUUGAGCUGCUCCCUGUUUUUAUGUACCCUUAAUUGAUUCUUAAUGUACAUAUCUUUAUUCUUUUUCUAAAAGUGAAA